AUGCACUAUAACUACCUUCCUGGCCGCAUUAAUGUGGAGAAGACACCUGAGGUGUCAAAUGAUGAAGAAGAGCAGUUAUCUGAAAGAAUGGUGGAGGUUUCGCUGUCCAGAGAAACAAAAUCACGUAUUAGAGCCCCUUGGUCCAAGGCUUUGAUAGUGAAAGUGUUUGGAAGGUCUAUGGGCUUCAACUACCUCACUUUCAAGAUCAAUGCCAUGUGGAAUCCUAAGGGAAAGAUGGACUGUGUUGCCUUAGGUAAAGAUUUCUUCUUGAUCAAAUUUUAUGACAAUGAAGAUUAUGAUAAGGUACUGCGUGGAGGACCAUGGUUUGUGGGGGAGCAUUUUCUAGCUAUCAAGCCUUGGGAGCCAUACAUUAAGGCCUCAGAGGCAAAGUUCACAUCAGUAGCAGUAUGGGUAAGACUCCUAGAGCUACCUAUUGAAUUUUAUGAUGCUAUGGUACUGAAGGAGAUUGGAAGCGCACUUGGGCCAGUACUGAGGAUUGAUUCAUUCACGGCUACUGGCACUAAAGGUAGUUAUGCCAGAUUGUGCAUCCAAGUGGAUUUGGAUAAGCCCUUAAUCAACACUAUAAAAAUUGGAAGGUUGAAACAGAAGGUCCUGUACGAGGGAAUUAGUUCAUUGUGCUUCUGCUAUGGAAGAAUUGGACAUAAGAAAGAGAGUUGUAGCUACCAAAUCCUUCCUAAGGUGGCCGAAACAGUCAGGGUGGAUAGUACUCCUGCACCAUCCAAUGAAAGGAAAGCUGAAGACAUGUCAGAGUCUAACUAUGCCUCGUGGAUGAUUGUAACUAGACAAAAAAAUUCAGUUAGGAAUGGCUGGGACCGUUGGCUAAACCAACCAACACAUUAA